AUGAUAAAAGGCGGCUACGGAGGCGGUGGCUAUGCCUUCAACUUCUACUUCAACGAUAGUGACUGGGGAUCAGGAAGUGGAGGCGGUCAAACCGCUGUCAAAUUCGAGUCAAAUGAUCUUUGGCAUCGAGUGAUUGUGAGUGGGGCUGGUGGUGGUUCUGAUAAUAGUUUUACCUUCGAUAAUUGGGUUGAUGAUGGAUCCGGUGGUGCAGGAGGUGGUUUCACUGCACAAGGCUGGUGGAAGGAGCAUGUUUUGAACUCGGAUAAGGUUGCAAAUUCCACUUUUGGAUUCACUUUUGGAUCAGGAGAAUCUGCGCGAAAAGAAGGUUCGAAAAACCCAGAUGGAAUUCAAGAUUCUAACGAUUUCAGUGAUAGACCAGGUGCGGGAGGUGGUUGGUUUGGUGGAUUUGCGGGUCAUUAUUCAAAUGCAGGAUCUGGAGGAGGAAGCUCUUGGGCACUCUCUGCUGAUGCAGUAUUCCCAAAGGGAGACAUUUAUGCAAAUGGAAGUUUUUACAAUGAAUCCGAAUCUCAUCCUUAUGCCUUCAGUUUGGAAGAUGCUUAUGUAUUCACUGAUGUUCAAACAUUUCCAGGUGUAUGGGAAGGUAAUGGCAGGCUUGUCAUCACCAUUCUUGACUCAAUUGUUUAUCCUUCCUGCUAA